GUUGUUUUUGCGGCAAAUAAUUUGCGAAUUGUUUGUAUUUUAGUUGUUAUAUUUGUUUAUAUUAUACAAGAAGGCCAGCAUGGAUGCCAAACGGAAGUUUAAUGGCAAUGGCCCAGCAAAUGGCCAUUCUAAAAAGCCCAGAAAAUACGACGAGGACGACGAAAUGGGCGGUGGAUUUGAAGCGGAACUGGCUACUUUUGAGGCAAUUGAUGAGCUUGACCAAUCACAGCUGCUUGGUGAGGGGCCUGAGAAUCAACAAACCAGCGAACGCUGGUCACGCGCGCCGCCUCCCCAGCUAGACCCCGCCACAGACUGUUUAAUCUUUCAGCAACUGGAUGUGGAGAACUAUGUGGGGCAAGCUCAACCGGGCAUGCCUGGCGCACAACUGGGUCCUGUGCCCGUGGUCCGCAUGUUUGGUGUCACAAUGGAGGGCAACUCCGUAUGCUGUCAUGUGCACGGUUACUGUCCGUAUUUCUAUAUAACUGCACCACGCGACUUUGAGCAGCGCCACUGCUCGGAUCUGCAUGAGGCGCUGGACAAGAAGGUUAUCGCCGACAUGCGUGGCAACAAAGAUAAUGUACAAGAGGCAGUGCUAGCCGUGGAGCUGGUGCAGCGACUCAAUAUACACGGCUACCAGGGUGAUGAUAAGCAGACGUAUAUUAAGAUUACGGUUACUAUGCCACGUUUUGUGGCCGCCGCUUCGAGGCUGCUCAAGAAGGAGGUCAUAAUGAGCAACUUUGACUUCCAGGACUGUCGGGCCUUUGAGAAUAACAUCGACUUUGAUAUCCGCUUCAUGGUGGAUACGCAUGUGGUCGGCUGCAAUUGGAUUGAAUUGCCGCCGGGUGUUUGGCGUCUACGUGGACGCAACUCCAAGCUGGCGACCGAAUCGCGUUGUCAAAUAGAAGUAGAUGUCGCCUAUGACCAAUUUAUAUCGCAUGAGCCUGAAGGCGAAUGGUCCAAAGUGGCGCCCUUGCGUAUACUUAGCUUUGACAUUGAGUGCGCCGGACGUAAAGGCAUCUUUCCGGAAGCCAAAAUGGAUCCGGUUAUACAAAUUGCCAAUAUGGUCAUAAGACAGGGCGAAUCGGAACCUUUCAUUCGGAAUGUUUUCACUUUAAAACAAUGUGCGCCCAUCAUAGGCAGCCAGGUGCUGAGCUAUGACCAGGAGACGCAGCUCCUGGACAAGUGGUCGGCCUUUGUGCGCGAAGUGGAUCCCGACAUACUAACUGGUUACAACAUUAACAAUUUCGACAUACCCUACCUACUAAAUCGUGCUGCCCAUUUGAAGGUGAAAAACUUUGAAUACUUGGGACGCAUUAAGAAUAUACGUUCGGUUAUCAAGGAGCAGAUGCUGCAGUCCAAACAAAUGGGCAGACGCGAGAAUCAAUAUGUUAACUUCGAGGGACGUGUGCCGUUUGAUUUGUUUCUCGUGCUGCUGCGUGAUUACAAAUUGCGCUCGUACACACUCAACGCUGUGAGCUAUCAUUUCUUGCAGGAGCAGAAAGAGGAUGUGCAUCAUAGCAUCAUUACGGAUCUACAAAAUGGAGAUGAACAGACCCGACGUCGUCUGGCCAUGUACUGUUUAAAGGAUGCGUAUUUGCCGCUACGUUUGCUCGGCAAGCUGAUGGCCAUUGUUAAUUACAUGGAAAUGGCGCGUGUGACGGGUGUGCCGCUUGAAUCGCUGCUCACAAGGGGCCAGCAAAUCAAAGUGCUGAGUCAACUGCUGCGGAAGGCCAAGACAAAGGGUUUUAUAAUGCCAUCCUACACCUCGAGUGGCUCCGAUGAACAGUACGAGGGUGCCACGGUCAUAGAGCCGAAAAGGGGAUACUAUGCGGAUCCCAUAAGCACACUCGAUUUUGCCUCGCUAUAUCCGAGCAUAAUGAUGGCGCACAAUCUGUGUUACACCACAUUGCUGCUGCCUGGCACUAAGGAUAAGAUGGGUCUGACCGAUGACCAAGUGGAGCGCACGCCUGCCAAUAAUGUCUUUGUGAAGGCGGAAUUGCGUCGCGGCCUAUUGCCCGAAAUUCUCGAGUCACUCUUGGCGGCACGAAAGCGUGCCAAAAAUGAUCUAAAAGUGGAAACAGAUCCCUUUAAGCGUCAGGUACUGGAUGGCCGGCAGCUGGCAUUGAAAAUCUCGGCAAAUUCUGUGUAUGGCUUCACAGGUGCCCAGGUGGGCAAAUUGCCAUGCUUGGAAAUCUCGGGCAGCGUCACCGCCUAUGGACGCACCAUGAUUGAAUUGACCAAAAACGAGGUUGAAUCACACUAUACACGCGCCAAUGGCUAUGAGAAUGAUGCAGUUGUUAUUUAUGGCGAUACAGAUUCGGUUAUGGUUAACUUUGGCGUGAAGACACUGGAGCGCAGCAUGGAGCUGGGCAGAGAGGCGGCCGACUUGGUUAGCUCCAAAUUUGUGCGACCCAUCAAGUUGGAAUUCGAAAAGGUCUACUAUCCAUACCUGCUGAUUAACAAGAAGCGCUAUGCGGGCUUGUACUUUACCAAGCCCGACAAGUAUGAUAAAAUGGAUUGCAAGGGCAUUGAGACAGUGCGUCGCGAUAAUUCGCCACUGGUGGCCAAUCUAAUGAAUGCGUGCCUGCAAAAGCUGCUGAUCGAACGCGAUCCGGAUGGCGCUGUUGAUUAUGCUAAACAAGUAAUCGCUGAUCUGUUAUGCAAUCGCAUAGACAUAUCCCAGCUGGUUAUUACCAAAGAGCUGGCCAAAACAGAUUAUGCCGCCAAGCAGGCGCAUGUGGAGCUGGCGGCCAAGAUGAAGAAGCGCGAUGCUGGCACAGCUCCCAAACUGGGCGAUCGUGUGCCCUAUGUCAUUUGUGCAGCAGCCAAGAAUACACCGGCUUAUCAAAAGGCAGAGGAUCCGCUGUAUGUGCUGGAGAACAGUGUGCCCAUCGAUGCUAAUUAUUAUUUGGAGCAGCAGCUGUCCAAGCCACUGCUGCGCAUCUUCGAGCCCAUACUGGGCGAUAAAGCGGAAUCAGUGCUGCUUAAGGGCGAGCAUACGCGUACGCGUACCGUGGUCACAUCCAAGGUGGGCGGGCUGGCGGGCUUUAUGACCAAAAAGACUUCCUGUCUCGGCUGCAAAUCGCUUAUGCCCAAAGGCUAUGAGCAGGCCUCGCUAUGCCCACACUGUGAGCCAAAGAUGAGCGAGCUUUAUCAAAAGGAGCUGGCUUCCAAGCGGGGCUUGGAGGAAACCUUUGCGCGCCUAUGGACAGAAUGCCAGCGUUGUCAGGGCUCGCUGCAUGAGGAGGUAAUCUGCUGUAAUCGUGAUUGUCCCAUUUUCUAUAUGCGACAAAAGGUGCGCCUAGAACUGGACACACAGCAAAAGCGUGUGCUACGCUUUGGACUGCCUGAAUGGUAGCUGUUCCAUAUACACAUAUUUGCAUACAUUAU